CUCAAAAUGGGAAAAGAGAAGGCGGGUUUUCUUACACCAAAGGCGAUAGCCAAUCGCAUAAAAUCUAAAGGCCUACAGAAGCUCCGCUGGUACUGCCAAAUGUGCCAGAAACAAUGUCGUGACGAGAACGGCUACAAAUGCCAUACUGCCUCCGAAGCUCAUCACCGACAGAUGAAACUUUUUAUGGAGAAUGGUGGCAAAUUCAUAAGCAGUUUCUCCUCUGAGUUCCUCAAAGGCUACCUAGACAUUGUUCGCAGACAAUUCGGUGGCAAACGCGUCCACGCCAAUGUCGUCUACCAGGAAUACAUCAAGGACAAAGAGCACAUUCACAUGAACGCCACUCGAUGGCACUCACUGACAGGACUGUGUCUGUGGCUGGGUAAACAGGGCAUUUGCCGUGUUGAUGAGACUGAAAAGGGCUGGUACAUUGAGUACAUUGACAAGGAUCCGGAGAAGGAGCAACGGAAGGCGAGCGAGGCCAGGCUGGAGAAAACAGAAGACGACAUAAAUCGACAGUUCUUACAGAAACAGAUUGACAGUAUGAAGGAAAAAAAGCAGAAUAGAGAUGUCUCGGAGGAGCGGAAAGUUGUCCAGCCCCUAAAACGCAGUGAAGCUGAAGACCAGAAGAUCCGACUGGAUCUACACCUGGCACCUAAGAAGAUCAAGAAGGAGGAAGAGUCCGAAGAGGCAGCAGCAGGUGCCAGUGGCAGUUCAUCUGACGCUGCCUCGGUGUCAUCGCAUGUAGCAGCUGAAAAGAGUCCACCUGCAGCGCCAGCCCCCACAAAACUUCCCAUCUCUAAGCCUCAGGCCCUAUACCAGAACAUCCUGGUCGAACACUACAUGCGCCUACUCCGUCUUGAAGCUAGCCCCGGUUUGGCGAACUUUAUUAAAACAUGGGAGAUCUGUUUAUUCACUGUUAUCAGGUUUCGUGUUGCAAUCUACUAUCGCCGAUAUUGUAUCGGUUGA